GUCGUGUCGUCGGAUUGCUUCACAUCCCAACACGCUGGCAAAGCGUCAGUUGUUCAUGCUGCUCUGUCUGGUUUCAUUCAUUUGCUGUGCGUCUAUUGAAGCCUGACCACAUGAGCGGAGGCGGCGCCCUGCAGCAACGCACCACCUACCUCAUUUCCCUCACCCUGGUUAAGGUAGAGGCUGUGGAAGAGAAUGGCGGGGAGGCCAAGAACAGCAACCAGGGGAAGGAGGUGGAGGCCAGACCAGGAGAAAGGACGGGAGAUGAAAGAGUGGAAGCUGAAGGUGGAGCUUCCACACGGGCUGAAAAUGGAGCUGGAGUGGGUUUAGGACAACCACAAAGAGCUGAAGAUGCUGUCAUUGUGAAAGGUGGUACUGAUGAACUCAAGGAAGGAGAGAGGAGAUCCCUCCACCCUUUGACAGAUAAACUACCUGCUAAUGUCCCCAGUAAAGUGGGUGAAAAGCCACCAUGCAACCUCUCUAUCCCCUUACCUGCUGAGAGAAUGACGAUUCAGAAGACAAAGUCAGCAGAUGUAGUCGAGAAGAUGCUUUCCACCCCAGAGGCAAAGCAAUGCAGGUCUCCAUCUCUGACCCCAACACCCCCAAUGGAGGUGGCCGAGCCCAGCCGCACCCCAACCAGGACCAGCUUUCCCAUCCGCCCGGCAGGCCAGCGUCCUGUGAGUCUGCUCAAGUCUCACAGCAGCGUGGCCACCCGCGGUCGCGACUCCAGGGAGGGUAGAGAACGCAGCCCUACCUCAGCCCAGAGCCUCGAUCGUAAGGACUGCCGUGUGACGACGCGCUCUCCAGGUCCCUGCAGGGCCUCCUGGGCCGAGGCGAGCAGGACCGAAGGAUGGCGGGACCUGCAGGAUGAGGCCCAAACUGGAAUUACGCUGGAGGUUGGAGGUGGCAUGGCUGCGGUGAUGAGAGACAUCCCCAGGAAGGACAGGCUAAAGAGCGGCUCAACUUCCCUACCUGCACCUCCUACCCAGGCCCCCAAACCUCGCAAAGGCAAAAGUCGCACCCUGGAUAACAGUGACCUUAACAGCCUCUCUGAAGACCUGGGGCUGGCAAGAGAAGCUCAGCAGGCGCAGCAGGGCCAAAGAGGCUCUGCUAAAGACAGAAAGAUGCUCAAGUUCAUCAGUGGCAUUUUCACGAAGAGCAGCUCAGGGGCAGCGGGGUCAUCCUCCACAGCACCUCCUGUCUAUAUACAGAGAGACUCCAGUGAAGAGGAAGUAUAUAUUGCCAGCAGCCAGGAGUGGACACUGAGCAGAUCCAUCCCCGAGCUGAGACUGGGCAUCCUGGGAAGUCUGAAAAGUGGCAAGUCGGCGCUGGUAAACAAAUACAUCACAGGCAGUUACUCUGCAAUCGAGAAGCCUGACGGUGCCCGGUAUAAAAAGGAAGUGCUGGUGGACGGUCAGAGUCAUUUAUUAUUGAUCCGAGAGGAGGCUGGAGCACCUGAUGCGCAGUUCAGCAGCUGGGUUGAUGCAGUGAUCCUGGUCUUCAGUCUGGAAAAUGAGGCCAGUUUCCAGGAGCUCUACCAGAUCUACAGCCAGCUUAGCGCCUUCCGCUCAGACAUCCCAGUCAUAGUGGUCGGCACCCAAGAUAAAAUCAGCAGCACCAACCCUCGCGUGAUUGAAGAUCAGAGAGCCAGACAGCUGUGUAUCGAUGUGCGUCAUUCCCUCUUUUACGAGACCUGCGCCACCUACGGGUUCAACGUUGACCGAGUGUUUUCAGAGGCUGCCCAGAAAAUUAUAGCUCAAAAGAAGCAGGCGGCACUGCAGGCCUGCAAAUCUCUGCCUAAUUCACCCAGUCACUCCGGAGGCUCCACACCCGGAUCGGCGUCCUUCCCCGGACAGGCCAAUAAUGGCCCCAGUAGUGGCUACGCCUACUCCCUCCCCUCCACCCCUGUGGUGGGCCACAAAGAGCUGCGAGUUGCACAGGGAGAGGGAGGAGGCAGUGUCAGCGCUCGCUCGCUGAAGAGCAUCCCCAGACGGCCCUCGCUCUUCAAGAACCGGGACAUGGAUAAAAAAGCUGGUGAUGCUAAAGGAGAUGGGAGCAGUGUGCGGGGCGUUCCAAUCAAACAGGGCAUCCUGUGGAAGAGGAGUGGGAGCUCUCUGAAUAAGGAGUGGAAGAAGAAGUACGUCACCCUGUCCAACAAUGGCACGCUGUCUUACCACUCCAGCUCCAGCGACUACACGCAGAAUACCCACGGGAAGGAGAUCGACCUGCUGCGUGUGACUGUUAAAGUUCCUGGGAAACGUCCUCCAAGAGCGGUAGCACCUGCAGGGCCCUCACCUGUCCCCCCUGGUGCUGUACCCGGAGUCAACGGGCUGAGUAAAGAGCUGGCACCCACUGACGGCACCAGUACAGUUCCUCAGUUGUGUCCGCCGACCCUCUCUGUCGUUGCCGAUGAUCGGUCUGGUGGUUUGUCCCCUCAAGGAGGUGAGAGAGGACUUCAGCGCUGCCCCUCCUCAUUGUCCACCAAAGCUCAAAGUGUCGAUGCCCUGGAAGCAACGGCCGGUUCGUUUGGUGGAAAAGAUCCCAACCAAUCGUCUCCCAUGAGCGACAGGAAGAAAAACAGGAGGAAGAAGAGCAUGAAUCAGAAAGGGGAUGCAGCCGUCGGGCAAGCCGAAGCUAAACGCAAAAUGUGGAAAUUAAAGAGCUUUGGUAGCUUGAGAAACAUUAAUAAGACAGAGGAAGAGAACGCCGACUUCAUCAUAGUGUCCUUUACUGGGCAGACAUGGCACUUUGAGGCUCAGAGCCUGGAGGAGAGGGACUCGUGGGUGACAGCAAUAGAGAGUCAAAUCCUCGCAAGUCUGGGUUCCUGUGAGAGCGGCAGAAACAAGGCGCGGAGGAGCAGUCAGAGCGAGGCCGUAGCGCUGCAGGCCAUCCGAAACGCCAAAGGCAACAGUCAGUGUGUGGACUGUGAAGCACCCAAUCCCACCUGGGCCAGUCUCAAUCUGGGUGCGCUGAUCUGCAUCGAGUGCUCAGGGAUCCACCGAAACCUCGGGACUCACCUGUCCCGUGUGCGCUCGCUGGACCUGGACGACUGGCCAGGAGAGCUAACGCAGGUCCUGGCUGCCAUUGGAAACCACAUGGCCAACAGCAUAUGGGAGAGCUGCACCCAGGGACGAACCAAACCCACACCCCAUGCAACACGAGAGGAAAGAGAGUCCUGGAUUCGUGCCAAGUAUGAGCAGCGAGCUUUUGUGGCGCCUCUUGCGCCGGGCUCAGGGACGCAGCUUCCAGAGGACAGUAUGCCGGUGUCGCUGCUAUCUGCAGUGACUGACAGAGAUCUGCCCAAGCUGCUGCUCCUUCUGGCCCACAGCACUAAAGAACAAAUCAACGCUCAGCUGGCCGGGUCAUCUUCUCCGCCUCGCACGGCUCUGCACGCUGCCUGCCAGCUGGGAGACGUGGUCAUGACCCAGCUGCUCAUCUGGUAUGGAAUCGAUGUGAAAGCGAAAGAUAACCAAGGCCAAACGGCCAUGAUGCUGGCCACAAAAAAAGGGAGCAAAAGCUGCAUCGAUAUUUUGCUCCAGCACGGCUGCCCCAACGAAACGUCGCCCACCGCUGCCACUCCUGUCCUCAGUCGCCGCUCCAGCACCGCCAGCCUGGGCCGGACCAGCUCGAGGAAACGGGUGUCAUAGCGUGGACUGAAAACGCUGCAACAAGAAACCUUUUUAAAGUGUGGAAACGGGCAGAGCCGACCACGGAGAGGGGUGUAGUAUAACGAAAUGACAGGACUGUAUAUCAAAGUACAACGGAUGAAAAACAUUGUUUCUGAAAAACAGAACAACAUAUCAAACCACUUAAAAAGCAAUAUUCAUUCAAUUUGUUGAUUGCAGACAUAUUGCUGAAUUACUGUGUUGUUGUUGUUGACCUCAUUUCAAAAUGACUCAAGUAGACCUGUAGCGGACUGCUUCUGUUUCACUUCCUCCACAAGAAGUGCAAUAAUCCAGCUACGAUGAUGAAAAGCAACAAAUUUUAGCGCAGAUGACUCAACUCAGUGCAUCCAGGGGUUAUUGCUUUUAUUCAGACCUGCUGCGACUGGACCAAAACUGCUAAUUUUUUUUUUUUUCCUUGGCUUUCCAAACAAAACAUAAACCUACAAUAUGUCAUGCUGUUAGUUGUGUGAGCCUGUCAGUUUGACUGUAUAAAUUGUUUUCCGGUGACAAAUCAGCUGAGAUAAUUCUGCUUAGACUAGAAAAAUGAAUGGUUUGGGGUAUGACUUAUGUCAGUGUUAGGACCACAGGUAAGAGACACGAUGUUUUAUUCUACUGUAAAUGUAUCUAUACUACAUGCUUAAUGUUAAACUCUGUAACGAAGACACAACUGAAAAACCAGACUGCAUUUUCUAAUGAUUUCUUACUGGUAGUUUUUGUUUUUCAUUGUCUUUCAUAAUUUCAUAUUCUCUCACAUCAUAAAGCAGUAAAUGGAUGAUUUUACAUGUAAACAUGUGGCUAAAGUUUUAUUUGGGAUAUCGAGAGCGAGUACAUGAAGACUGCAACAUUAUUCACAUUCAUCUUACUGUUGUGUAGGUCGAUCCCAUGAGUUUACACUGAAGCAGCUGAAGGUGUUCUUCUGACACUUUGUGGAUCAUGUGAGUCCCUCAUGAAAUUAAACAAAUGGUUACCAGAAUAAAAAAAAUAAACUUUUUUUUUAAAAAA